GAAAAAAACAAGUUUCUCACAGAUGAACUAAGAGUUUUCAUUAUAAACAUUGCUGCCCAGCAUUUUGCAAGAAAAGACGCACCAAUGACUCUUCAAGCAAGCUACAAACUCGAAACGCAAAUAUUGUCUCUAUUUCCGACUGAAAAACUUGAAUUCUAUCGAACAGAACGUAGAGGAAAAAUUUAUGUAAAAUCCCAAAAUCUUAAAAAACAAAGCAAGCAGAUUUUUAUGCUGGAAAACGAAUCACCUACGGCGUCAAAAAAGGCUAAAAUUACUUUUGUACCUGAGGAGAAUGGAGAGGAUUUGGUGCAAGUUCUUAAAUAUGACAAGCUUUCAGCUGAAGAGUUUGAAACAAAGUGGAUUUCUUGUGCCAACUAUAGACUUAAUCAAGUAAUUAACGAAUGCAGUAGCCUACGAGAGAUUCUUAAAAAGUGGCCUGAAUAUAAAUCACAUUAUAAGUUGAUUGAUAUUGACUUCUCAAUAAUGCAUAAAUCGCACAACAAAAUGCUCAACUGGGACCAAAAAAUCCUAAAGUUGUUUAACUUUUUGAAAAAAUCUAAGCAACUUAAAUGUCAUGGUGAGUCAAAAAUGUUAGAAACUCUCCAGGACGAAGAUUUGGAAAAAGAUCGAGGCACAUUUGCAGUGAAAACCCUGUGGAUUUUACAUUAUGUUCUUUUCCCGACUGGGCGGCAAGUUCGAAAAACAAUUCUCGGAAAGAAAGAAAUAUCUCGCUAUACAAUAAAGGACUCCCAGAAGACGUUUUUGUUUUUGGGAAAGACUUUGCAAGAAUUACACGACCAUAUUGAUUUUUGUUAAAGAUGAAAGAACAUAUUCAGCCUUUUAUAUUGGGAAUCGGAAGUCUGGACGAUAUACAUGAAAUUUUUGUUUAUUUUGAUGGUGACCUCAUACGGUUUCCUAAUUUUCUUCGCUCUUUGGAUAUUUGUUUUAAAAUGUUCCAUUUAUUUAAUUUACAAUAUCCCACAGCAUCUGAAACAUUUUGGAUCUUUUUGGAAAACUACUUUUUUGAAAUAAGUUCAUGCUCAAAGAAAAAGUCAAAGGUAAGCAUCCUCUUGGAUGAUUUAGAGAAACAAUCUGAGUAAUUGGUUUCAAUUUAAUAAGUUAUAAAUUCUCAGAUAUUUAAAACACUAAAUUAAAUAAUAAUUAAGCUAUUUUUAUAUUGAUAUCUUCAUAUCAAUUAAAAAUAAGUUCGAAAAUUAGAUUUAUGCAAAUAACAAACGUUCCUAAAUUCCGCAGAUUAAAAACUGACUGUGUAUUUGAAUUACCUCAAGUAAUUACAAAUAAAGACUUAUAGACUAUAUAAGUAAAAAAAGUUAUAGUAUUUUAUAAGAACUUGUAUGCUAAAAAUAUAUUAAAUAUAUUACUGUUAAAAACAAAUCAAAAUGGACUGAAAAAUGAAUUAUAACUAAGUAGAAUUGUUUACAAAAUAUGAUAUGUAAGAAGAAACAUGAACUUUUGUAACACUGAUUAAAUAAUAUUUACAAAAUUAAUUUUUAAAAACCGCUUGCAAAACAAGUCACAAUAUGAAUUUAUUAUUUUUGAGUUUAACAUAGAUAUCUAAGACCUCUUUUGUUUGUAAAUGAAUUAACAAAGAUACGUUUUUACAAAAUAAAGAAAAAUAAAAAAAUAAGUAUGUGAAUAUAUUCUUGUCUAAAUGGU